AUGGCCUCCGAUGGUGGGUCUCCCCUGUCGCCUGGAGUGCUGGAGAGCACCUCGUUGCUCGAAGACAUCAUCAAGGAAAUCGCCAGAAGCCCUUCGCAGCUGGAUUCGGAGAGCGUGCAGCAAGAGCUUCUGCGGCUCUAUGACCUGUCCCGCUGGGGAGCGGGCAAUGCGGUCGUAUCCCGUUGCUUGCGAUGCCUGAAAGACCCGAGCGAGCCGGCGUCCGGCAAGAUUGCGAUGAUGCGCGUGCUUGACUUCCUGAUGGAUGUAAAGGAUGGCCAGCUUGCAGAAGCCCUCUCCAGGGAGCUGAAGUUCUUCAUUAACAUUGCCAAGAAGACCAAGGAGAAAGAGCGGCGAAAGAGACGCCCGACCUCCGUGUUCUCCAACAAGGCAGCUCCGGAAGACAUCGAGUCGAUACUUUCGAUCACCCUGGAGCUCUUAGACAAGUGGGGAAGAUACUACGAGGCGGCGGGGAGCCCGGGAGGCGCGAAGAUCGUGGAUGCCUGGAAGGAGCUGACCAAAGAGAACGUCCGCUUUCCCCAAGGCCCCGCAGAGUACGUCUUUCUCACGAAGCCCUCGGCCAGCCGCGAUGCCGGGGCCUUCGGCUUUGGCAGCACUGGCGGCGGCGGUGGAAGCUCGAGCUUCGGUGGCUUUGGGGCGGAGGCGCCGGCUCCCGACUCGGGUCCAGGGGAGCUCUCGGAGCCCGCGCUGCAAAACUUGGCGGCUGCGGUGCAAAGCGCCAUCGCCCAAUAUGGGCCAGGCUCUCCGGAAGCCGGGGAGGCAACGGCGCAUUUCGAGUCGAUGCUGGCCCAGUGGCAGCAUGCAGCAGCAGAAGCGGUGGAGAAGGGCGACAUGGCAGCCUACGAGCGCUUUUCUGCAGUUGCCGUUCGUUAUGCAGAGCUCCAGAUCGGGUCGCCCUCGGCUUCGACGGAGUUUUCACGGACAUUCUCGGGUGUGUCAGGCGUGUCCCCAUCGCCCCCCGACUCAGACACCGUGCCGGAGAGCCAUAGCAGUUCGCACAAGAAGCAUCGUCGCCGGAAGAAGGAGUCACAGCCCGAUGCAUUUGAGGUUCAGCCCGAGGUGGCGAUGACACCGAGCUUCGGGCACCCACAGAACGACUGGGCAGAGGCAGAUGCAGCGGCGGCAGCUUACCGCGCCGGGGAGUUCGGUGGAAGCUUCGGCGUGGCCUCCUCCGGCUUUGCUUCCGACCCCGGGGAUUCGAGCGACCCCUUCGGGGCCCCUUCGGGGGCCCAGGGGCAAGGCAUGAGCACGGAGGACUUCGGGGGACUCGGUGGAGGCCUUUCCAGCAGCUUUCCGGAUGCCAGCAUGGCGCAGUUUGGAAGUCAACCUGGUGCAUACGGCGCUGCCGGCUAUGACUACGGCUUCAACACGGGAGCAUUUGAUAUACCCGGUGGCCAAGCGACCCAACCUUCAAUGGACUACGACCAGCAGUUUGCUCGAGGCACGGACCCAAACUCCUUCAGCGGCUCCGCCAGUGCCAUGAUGGCCAUGGCCCAUGGCUCUGGAGGUGCCGAGAGCUUCAGCAAGGCCCCAGCUCCGGAAGCAGGAACACUCCAAGAGCCCCGAAGCCCAGGGACCGCGGACCUGCAACCGGAGGAGGUGCAAACCUUCCUUGAGACGCUUGUGGGUACCGGAGGAGGUGCCGGCUUAUGGGUCAUCGAGGAGGAGAAUCCUCAUUGCAUCGAAGACGGCGCUUUCAAUGCCGGCUACUUCGUCACUCUCGGAUCACAGGGGGCGCUCCCUGUGCUUGCCGAGGAGAUGUACUGGCCUAUCUUUCAGGCUUUGCAAAAGAUUGGCCACCCGUUCGCCCCUCGGGUAGGCCCCCGUUGGUACUUUCGAGGCUACUUGGAUCUGGACGAUGAGCCCAGCCAGGUGUCUCCGGAGAACCUGAGCUUGCUCUCGGCUAUCGCAGAG